AUGGACCACAAAAUCUUCGAUUUGGAUGUCCCGCUCAAGACUUGUACUCCACAACUGUUGGCACGUAUCCUCGACGCCGGUUAUCAAUGUAUUGCUCUCACUCAGUCUGUAACGAUCGAUGAUUUCAACUUCAGCUUGACUACUGACACAAAUACAAUCCGGAAGAAGACAAAAGAAGAACGUCAGUCAAUGCGAAACAAACUUGCCGAUCAACUUAAACCACCAUCUUCCGAGACUCUGAACAAUUUGCUUACAGACAGUCAUCAGUAUCGUGCCACUCUUUGGCCUCCGUCUGUAUUGUGUCCUCCCCGGCUAUUCAAGCGCCUGAACUUGGUGUGUUCUGAACCUUCAUUAGCUGGCCUAUUUUUUCGAGAAUUCGGUGAAACCCUCAACCGAUUUGAUAUCGUAAGCAUGUGCCCGUCGUCUUCGGAGGCUUUGGUCUUCGCAUAUGAACAACCGGGCACUUUCGACCUCAUCGCUAUUGAUCUUGACAGUCAGAGUGAUUUUCGCCUUAGCAGUAAACAAUAUUCCCUCAUUCAGACACGAGGACUUCGGCUGGAAUUUAAACUAGGUCCCCUGCUUCGUCCCGGUUCCAGUGGAACAACGGCGAGGUCUAAUCUAGCUUUUCACUUUUCAAGCAUGUUUGCAGGUUGUCGAUCUUCGUUCAGCAAGUGCAUUGUCAUCAGCUCGGGAGCCACAGUGGGCUGGGAGGUGCGUCGCCCACUCGCGGUGGUCUCUAUACUGCAGUCGCUUGGUCUGCAGCCGAAAGAAUGGGCUCACCACGCUCUAACGAGCGGACCAUGCGCCGUUCUCACACACGGUCUGACUCGCAGCCGAACUGCCCACGGGGCAGCCGUCAUAUUGAAACUCCUCUCCAACCCGUCAGUUGUUUCUAUCGGGGAAGCACAAGAUGCUUCUGAGGCCGGCGAGUCCCCACCCCCCAAGAAAUCAUGUACACGAGAAGACUAA